AUGGAGGCGGACGACGGCGAUGAGGAGCGCGAGGUGCGCCGCGAGGCGGCGUACCAGGCCAUUGAGGCGGCGCACGUGGCCGUGCAGCAGGAAUGCCGUCGGCUGGACGGGCUGGUCGACGAGCUGGAGGGCGACAGGAAGCGGCUUGAGGAGCACUUGAAAGGCGAGAUCCAAGCAAAAUGGGCGUUUGAGCAUGAAGGACGCCUGGCCGAACUGAGAUUGAAUCGGGACAUGGAAGAGCUCGGCUCCCGCCAAGAGGCCAAAAAAUUGCAUGAAGACCUCCACAGGGCGCAAGAAAGCUUGAAAGCAUCUGCUUUGAUUGCUGCUCAGCAGGCGUCCCGGCUACAAGUUGCAAGUAGGAGCACAGCUACCUUGGAGGGGAGGGUUGCAGAGUUGGAGAUGACGCUGCACGAGCGCGAGAUGCACGUGGGCAUCUUGUCUGCGGAAAGCAUGGCCUUGAAGGAGCGUCUGGCCACAGUGAACAGCCGGCUGGAAGAGGCAACAGCUCCACAGCCACCACGCCGUGGGCUGAGUAGUGAACUGGCAAAACUACAGGAGGAGCUGAAAGAGGCCCAGGGGCACAGCGCCCAUGAGCUGCAGGCCUGGUAUGCACAGAGGGUGAGAAGGCUGGAAGCAGAGCUGAGGGACAGCCUGAUGGGGAGGGAGACAGAGCACGAGCACUGGGAGGAGCAGGCCAGGGUGUACAGGCGUGAGGUGGAGGUUGCAAAGGAAUCAAAAAUGCUGGCAGAAGAGGGGACGAAGGAGUGGAUGGAGAGGUGUUCAGGGCUUGAAGCUCUUGUGAAGGACCUGACUGCCAAGUUGGAGGCUUCUGUGGCAGCCCCAAGUGAACCGUCAGAGCCGAUGGAGGAUCGAACAGAUGUUGAACCAGAAGUGGAAAUACCCAGUGGGCUGUUGCAAGUUGACAAGAGCAUGAUGGAGGCUGUGCAAAAGGGAUGUCUUGACAACAAUGAGUUGUUUGCCAGGUAUGUGGAGGCUGUUGAUGCGUACAACAAGGAGCAUGAGCUAAGGACGCAGGGCAGCAGAUGCCUGCAGCAUCUCUUUGACAAACUUGAACAAAAGUCAGAGUCGAUCGCCGCACUGGAGCAUCGUGUGCAGCUGGCCACCUCUACCAGCAAACAGACCGAGAAGGCUUACUUGGCUCUUGAGCAAGAGAAACAGGUCUUGGUGGAACGUUUGGAGGAGGAGAAAGAUCUAUUGAGGUUUGAGAAGAACAAGCAGACUGUGCAGGCCCAUUCAGCAGAAGAUUUGUCACUACAAGUUCGAACACUCCUGCAAGAGGUGGAACGGCUGAAGGCCCACAGUGCAUCCGCCCUUCCGGGGCUGACUCCGUCAAGCACAGCCAGCUUGUAUGGUCAGAGAGGACCUGACAAGAGGAGGGAUGCCAUAUCCAAGAGCUUUGUUGCUGUUCAUGAUCUUGAAGAGAUGCAGCAGCAGAACAGACACCUGCGCGACGCGUUGCGUGCCGUUGCACUCGAGGCGGAGCAGAAUCAGGUUCGAUUGGUUGAUAGCCACAAGCAGGAGAGAGUGAGGGAUGCUGAGCAGUGGGCUGCUGAGAUGGAUCGUUUAAAGGCUGACGUGGCUUCCACAGCCACGAAGCUUGCUGAGGUCACUCAACAACGAGAUUUCUAUUUUCUUGCUGCCUCAGAGGGAAGGGUGCCAACCCAGGGCCAGAAUGCUGAUGCUGGCUCAUCAGGCACACAGACACUCCCUGGGGCAAGGCAAGAGCACAUCGAAAAGCUGAAUGCUGAAGUCGCCCAGCUCAAGAGCGAGCUUGCCAAGGCGAAGGAUGCCCAGGCCUUGGUGGCAGCAUCCAGAGAUGCAGUGAAGCAGAUGCAGCACCGGUUAGCACAGUCGCAGAGCGAGUCAGGCAAGGUUCGAGCAAAAUUGGAAACGAGCACCUUGGAGUUGGGACGCCUGGACUUUGAGCACAAGGCUCUUAUCAGGGAGUGUGAGACGGCGAAGGAGAGAAUAUCCAUUCAACGAAGGCUUGUGAACGAACUGAUCAAGAGUGCUUGCACAGCAGAGGAGAAGACAGAGGAGGCCACUGCCAUUGUGCAGGGCCUGACUUCCACAGUGAGCACUCUUGAGCAUGAAAAUGCAAUGCUCAAGACAACAGAGAGCAAGUGCAUGGCAGAGCUGAAGAAUGUGAUGGACUCCCAGAAGCAACUGUUGUCCAAGGUUCUCGAUGCUGAACUGCGGUGCAACUCACUGAGAGAAGAGCUAGAUGGUGUGAAUUGCAAGUAUGCAGUGCUGUUGGCAGAGAGCAGUGGCUUUGAAAAACCCCUCGCACAGGCCCUUGGACAUCUCAAUGUGUAUGCAGAAAGAAUUGCUGAAGAAACUGGCAAGCUGAAGAUGGAUCUCAGUGAGAAGGAUGCCAGCGUGAAGGCAAUGAAGGAGGCUCAGGAGAAGGUGGCUGCGAGCGAAGCUCGAGUGUCUGAGUUGGAAGGUUUGCUUGCAAAGAAGGGCUCCGAAGCGGCAGAUGAGUGCACAGAGAGGCAUCAGCCCUCUGCCAGUCACCUGGAAGCAGAGCUGGAGACGACAAGGGAAGCACUCAGGGUCGCCAAGGACACUGCGGAGCAGGCAGAGCAGUCUGUGAACCGUUGCAAGGCCCAAAUGGAAUCGACAGAAAGACAGGCUAGAGAGGCACAAGCGGAGAGCACAAAGAGCCUGGAGGCAAAGGACGCCAUGCUCACAAGGCUUCAAGAUGAGCUGCACAGUGCACGUCGGGAAAUAGAAAGACUACAAAUCGAUGUGCAAGGUUUUGAGGAGCAGACUCAGCAUGUGGACGAUCUGCAGAAGCACAUUGCAAAGCUGGAAUCAGAGAUGAGCUUGAAUGACAGUCAGCAGACAAGGCACCAACUCGAAACCCAAGUCACUUCCCUCCGCAACGAGUUGGCCAGCACUCAGGCGUCCUUGGAAGAAGCCAAAAUGGCAUCCUCCAGGUACCAAGAGGAGCUUCAACGGGCGCAGGAGGAGGCCCUGGCAGCUGUGAAUGCCAGGAAGCAAUAUGAGUCUGCCCUGGGAAAUUUGCCAGGGUCUGGGCCACAAGAUGCAAAAGCUGAGGAUGACUGGCCAGGGGUGGUGGACUUCCUUCGCAAGGAGAAAGACAAGGCAAUUGAGCAACUUGCCGCAGUCGAAGACGAGCUGUCAGUAAAAAAGGUUGCAUUGGAGCAGUCAGAGAAGGAGGUGGCAGAUUUGAGGAUGCGUCUGCAGCAGCAGGCAGACCUGGGUGUGCAGAUGGCGUUGACACAAGAAGAACACGCGAAGACUGUGCAGGAGCUGAAGCAGCUCUCGGAGUUGAGCGCCCAGACUGUUACCCUUCGCCAGGAACUGGUAUCAAUGCGCAAAAACUACGACGAGGUUCAGGAGCAAAAGGGAGCUGUCGAGGCAGAGGCUGCGACCCUCCAGGGGAAGGUGGGGGACCUCCAGGCCAUGGUGCUGUCACAGGCCGACUCACUGUCAUCGAUGAGCAAGCAGGUCGAGGCCAAAGACGCAGGCAUGCAGAAGCUGCAAGCACAGGUUUCCGACCUGCAGAGCGCUGCCAUGCAGCUCUCGCAGUUGCAGAAGAAGUACCUGUCAAUGACGGAGGAGGUGCAGGCGAUGCGGCAGGGGCUGCAGAGGGAACAAGGUGGCCGACAGGAGCUACAGACAUCCUUGGCACAGAAAACGGCGGAGGUGGAAUCGCUGCAGAAGGAACUGAACGCUGUGAAGGCCACUGUGCGGGAUCUUCAGGCACGGAAGCCAGAGCUGCAGACUAGCAGCGUUAGAGCUGAUGCAGUGCCUGCGGGGGCCCCCAAGAUCACAGUGCCAGACACAAAGAAUGUGUCUCAAGGGAUGUCCUCACUGCAGGCGAGGCAGGCGAUGGCAGGGCGCAUGGGGUUGCAAGCUGCCAGGCCGCCAUUCAGCAGGAAGCGGUCCAUUGGGGAGGUCACACCAGUGGGGCGGUCAUCCCUCGGGAGUUUUCCGUCUGGCAGCAGCGAAGAGGGCUCCUUUGGCAGGAGAAGCUCCUCAGGCAGCCACGAGCACACGAAGAGGGUGGCAGCACAGUUCAGGGAGAAGGCCCUGGACAGGAUUCGGCUUCAAGGGGGGGUGAAAUUUCGAACGAGCGGCUCCCAGGAGGGCGUCGAGGGGUUGCCAGACCGGAGCCAUGGGCUGGGUGGUGGCGUGGGCAGCUGGCCUGGUUCUGUUGAAGGUACUGCAAGCCCACAACCCAAGCGUGUCGUUGCCUCGACACCUUUCAUGCCGGCUGCAUCGGGGGAUGGGGCGCAAGCCAGUGACAGGUUCACAGACGGUGGGGAGUAUUCGCCCUUUGAUAGAGAGUAUGGGAUAGAGCCAGGACGGGAUCAGGAGGAGAUGGGGGCCAGUGGGCAGGAUUUCUCCACGGAUCAGGACGAGGGGUCUGCCAGCGAGCCUGAGCAAGAAGGGCAGGGGCGGGAGAGAUCCAGGGGAAGGCACAACCCUAUCAAGUGGCAGCCAACCCCGAGGUUGCCACGCUACAGGGGAAGGGGGGGGAGGGGGAGAGGGCCCCCCAAGGGGGAGUAG